AUGAAGAUGGCGUGUGAUGCUGACUUUCCUUGCGAGACGUGCCUUUUGCAAGGAGCGACCUGUACUGUGAACAGGAUCGAAGAUACUGCCAGCACAGGGCUUCCUGCCAUCCGAGGCCCCAUUGCCGUGAGACUGCCGACAAUAUCAACUGUUCCUCGUUCAAUUGACACUGAAGCACGUUCUUCGGCUCCAGGACGAGGCCCACUCUCUUUCCUUCUGAAUUAUGUACACCCAGAUAACACAUCCCUUGCAAGUGCCUUUGGUGUGGUUGCUGCUGCCAAGGAGCACAGUCCGAGAGCGUUGCUCGAGGAUGAUGGCAGCGUGACCGAACUCGAUAGCCAGUUAUAUCCGCCCGAGGCCUUUGCAUCCUACUCACCCGGUAGCAUCUUCCAAUUUUUCCUGGGUGAGCUAGACUCGCCAAUGUCGUUUCCUGCUGAUAUCCACUGGUCUAUGCCAGUUGAUCAACUUUCUAUUGGAUCUUCUGAUCCUAUGUUCUCUCCACUUCAAGGAGCCACGAACAAAGUCCUAGAUGAAUUGACUCAUUUUUCGUCUUCCAGGUCUCAAUAUCAUAUGGAUGACUGCCCUCACGAAAUCCUCGCUGCAGGCCUUUUGUUAUUCACUGCCAGCAAGAUUAGUGCACUCGUGGACGACUAUUUCUUACUCUGGAACCACCAUAGCCCAAUCAUCCACGGGGCUUCUUUCAAUAUUUCGACAGCUCAUACUCCUCUUUUACUCGCCGUUUGUCUCACCAGCGCCCUGCUAGACCCAAAUUCCAAUGACGCAUCCGCGGCCAGAGGUAUACUCGAUCUUGCCGAGGAAUAUAUUUUUGCACAUCGUGGCUUCCAGAAACUGUUCGAUACGUCGUUGGCAACCGAAACUCCUCCACUUGCUGAAGCUCUCCCCGCGGUACAGGCUGCAUUUUCCAUUGCUCAAAUUCAAUUGCGUCAGGGAUCACAAUCGAAAAGGGAAUCCAUUAGGGACUACAGAUUUGAUCAGCUCAUCCUUGCUCUCAAGUAUUUAGGCCUGCAUCUCAAAUCAACAGGUUCUUUGGAAUCAUUGUCCUCGAAAGAAGAUUUCGACUGGGCCAAGUUUGGUCUUGAACAAGCAGGUGCACGUCUUUUAUUCGGGAUUUACAAUUUGGACGUAAGCUUCAGUACUCUGUACGACAAGGCCCCCCGUUUAUUCGUCGAAGAAAUGCAGCUAUGUUUGCCUUGUUCCUUGGAUGCUUUUAUGGCUACCACAGUGGAGGCCUGCUAUGAAGAAUGUACUAGCAGCGCAGCCUCAAUUUCGGGUACACUUGCUGAUGCACUGGAUGCUUUAUGUGCAGAGGAAGAGGAUGAUGAGGUUACGGGCAUCAUAAACAACCUGAAUACACUUGAUUUGUUUAUCACAAUUCUAGCCAUCAUCCAAGCCAUAUGGCUGCUGCCUUAUCGCCCAUUCAGAAGGGAAAAGGAAGUUGAACUUACUCGAGCACUACAACGUUGGAUGCAGUGCUGGACCCAUCAGAAGGAACACACUUCGGCUUCAGGCCAAGAACGAUUCGGCUUCGUCAAAGAUGCAGCCGUAGAGUUUUGGGUUAUUGCCGGGACUUUGAUUCGCAAAGGUCGAACUAGCAUUAACAGCAUCCUACCUCCAUCGACUGGCGCUGCGUCUUCUCGUAGAUCGGGCCCAACACUCAGGUCAGCAUAUCAGUCUCUCCGACGCCUAGAGAAAGAAUGA